AUAAACGACACUGUGUCUGAAAUCAUUAGUUCUCCACCUCUGAUUCAUGUGGGGAAGUUGGCAGUUACUUUCUGUGAUAAGCAGGCUCCAUAACCACAGAUCCGCUUUAUAAAUUCCAGCUUGUUUAGUUAUGCCCAUUGUUUUAUUGUUUAGGGCAAAGCGAUUAUUUUAUCUGGAGACCAUACGCCGCUUUUUAUGGAAUUGCACCCUGCGCAUCAUUGAAGGUUCCAUGCGCAUCGCCGUAUGAAUACAUCUGGCGAUGUCUCUAAAUUAUAUACUGGUAGUUAUAAUAUGUGUAAAUGUGGAGUUCUGCUCAACUCGGGGUUAGAGAGCAUGGACGGUAAUGAACUGGCUCAAUCAAACCGAGCCUGCAACAUUUUUUGGUUGUCUUUGGCAAAGGGCUAAAUCUACCUCUCAGUUUUAGAUGCUAUCUGCAAUACAUGCAGAUUAUCCAAACUGAUGAGUCAAAAUUUAAAAGCCAUGAAAACCCUCUGUUAUGGCCCAAUAUGUUUCGUCAGUUUUCAAACGUUCAGGCAUUAACUGAUGAAGUUGAAAAAUCGUUUGCACAUUAUUAUAUGAAAUAUAAAUAAAUCUAUUGUGAUCUUUAAUUAGAAACUCUUUGAAAAAGAUUUGUAUGUGGGUUAAUCUGUUUCAAAUCUCCGAACCUAAUAUCAUUUAUAGAAAAAACCAAAGCCAGUAGAAACCAAAGAUAUGUCAGAAUGUCGAAGACACAUGCAUUCUACCAAGCUUUUGAUAUAGUCAUGUCGAAAAUUUGAAACAUAUUCAAACAGAUGCCCAUCUGAGUAAUCGGCCAUCUGUGUCCUUAUCUACCAUCUAACGCUUCAAAACAUGACAUCUUUCUGGAAACUGAAGAAACAUUUAGUUUAACAGUAGUCAGUUUCGUUUUAAUAAUUAGUUAGAUGUAAAUGGAAAUCAUGACUCUUUGUAUUGUUUGAUAGUCGAUCACAUCCCUGUGGUGGCUGCUAUAUGUCGUUUUUGUAUUGUCGUGUCUUCGCGUUUCAGGGCAAAGGCUCGACAGAAAAAGUGCAUCGAUGGAACGUUUUAAUUACUGCUUACACUCAUGUUUAUUCAUAGAAUAUUUCAUGUUUUCGCCCAUUAAUGUCUUCGCUAAUGUUAAUGUACCUUAGAUGCUUAUAUUCAGCGAAGAUGGUCAUUUAUCGGCAUCUUCAAAGCAUGCCUGGAAUCUAUUUUAUUAAUGUUGUUUCUUAACAGUUAAAAUCAAAAUUCUUAAUUUUGUAUAGUUAUGCAGUAUUCAGUUCAUAAGAAUGCAGAAGCUGUUCUUAAUUUCAACGCUUGUUAAGUUCAGCUUCAAACCUAAGUGAUUUAAAUAGCAGUCGAUACCACUGCCACCAGAUCAAUGUACAUGUCAUACCCUAUCCCUAAGAUUACAAUGAGACACAUUGUACAGCGCACUUCACACCUAAAAUACAUGGGUUUUAUGAAGUUAUUGAAUAAUUGCCGAUUUAUCAUCCAUUGUGCACAGGACUCCAUCUCCUCAACAUAGCGUCAACAGACCCUGUUAAUUUUAUGUUUCCGUUAAUGGAAUAUAUUAACCGAUUGUUCAAAAGGCAUAGUACCUUUUUUGUCGAAUUGCACGUUUAAGGGGAGAAAUGUGCCGUUGAAAUGGGUUAGUGUAUUUUUCCGUUUGGUCGGUAUAGGAUAUAACAUGAACAAUGACAUUUUGGUCGAUACAGUUGAUUUUAUAACUAAAAUACACACAUUUUAUAGUGUGGAAAGAUAAGCAGGGAUAUUUCGUCAUACUCAAUAGCUGAUAGUUAAAUACUGCUAUACUUACAUGUAUAAGGAUUCCAAAUUUCUAUUUGAUGUUUGAUCUAAUGUCCAAGACACUAGUGAUCCUUUUAUUAGAGAUGGAGACGACGCCAAAAAGAGUUACAUCUGCGAAUCAGCCCUGCUGCAACACUUCGUCCAAGGAAAGGCGGUCUUCUUGGUCUUAAAACGAACGUAAUUCAAGAUUUAUAUUUCAUCAAUUAGUAAUCUACUUUUAAAUGAAAAAUGCCAAUGAAGAUGAAGGACAUAAAGUAGUGUUUCUUACUAAUACAAUUAGUGAUGUUAUGGAAUUGAUAUCGCCUUGUGAGUCAUAGUUCCGCCUGAACUUAUUUCUGUAAAUUUAAACAUAGUUUCAUAAUAACCUGAUUUCAAUUUUAUCAAGUAGUAUAUUAAUAACCGGUUUACAUUAACAAUAUCUAUUAAUACAUAUACUGGAUGUAACUGGUUAGGUUGUAUCUAUACAAACGAGUGUGUCCUCUUACCAGAAAUGGAUAUGUCCUACUAUUAGAAAUGGAUAUAUGGUAUCAUUUAAAAAUGAAGUUGUGGUUGGAUAAAAUCAUUCGAUUCAUCAUUUAUUUCGUCGUUACGGUAAUGAAUUUUGUCGUUACGGUACUGACACCCACAAAUGCUUUGGAACAACCACAACUGAUCCUUAAAGCUACCAACAAUGCAAUUUUAGAUUCACAGUUUGCAGCGUUCCUGGGACGAGUUGAAGUCUUGAAGCCAAAUGAUAUUUGCUCAUUCAAAAAUUUAACAGAGUGCCAUUAUAGUGAGGAAUUAUAUAACCUUUAUCAUGAUGCAUGCUUUACAGAACAAAUAUGUCCAAAAGAUAAAUACUAUUGUAUCAACGGCGUCGGAUACACAGUUCAUAUAUGUGGGGAGUUCGGUGACUGUAUGAAAAGGAAAAGGAACAUUGUCGUGUUCGACGAGUCACAUCCUGGGGUUGUUGACGUAUACUCCAUUCCAUGUCCUGACGGGUAUUUUCAAUUCAGCUUAGGAAACUGCUUCCAUGCAUGCGUGAAAGAUGACUCUGUAAUAGUAACUAAAGAAUCAACGGGAGUGACACAUGCUCAGGCCUACUGCAAUUAUGAGAGAAAGUACUGUAAUCUGGAUGGUUUCACAUCUUUCUCUCUAGGUUCGCAGUAUGAUAAUUGCGUAGAUGUAAAUUAUGAUGAUAACGGAGAACAUUGCAAUGAUAGCGAAGACUUAAUGCCUAAUUGCUCCUGUGUUCCAUCGUGUUUGCUUGGACAAGUCAGGACCUUUAGCAGGCAUUUUGUAUGCCAAUGGCCCAACAGAAGUAACAUUAUUCGAAGAACCACAAAAGGCGUUACAGAAUAUUACGGGGCUACAACGGUUGCUAGUCACCAUACUAGUCAAAAGAUAGACACAAACGGCCGGGUACAAACGUCAAAAGACAAUAAUCAAGGAAAUUCAGAUAAUGGUCAGUCAAUAUCCACGUCGGAAUUAAUUGUAAUUGUAAUAGCAGUGGCGGUCGUGAUGAUUGCAGUUGUGAUUGCCCUUGUGUGUAUGGCUUACAAGCUGCUCAUUGGAAGAGCUCCAGAUUACCGAGGCGUCCCUGUAAGAUACAACAGAAACGAAGGUCAUCCUGAAGAAGGGACUGUACAGCAUGAAAACGGUGUUGCACCAGGUCCAGUUACAAAGGUGAAGAACAAAAACGUGACACAUAAUAAUAUAAAUAUUCAUACGGACCACGAUAUUCAUGUUCAAGCUGGAAACGGUCAUGCAGUGCCAAGUAUUGAUAUUCGAGAUAUGGCUUGUGAACUCAGUUGUGCAGAUCAUCAUAGCCAAGAAUCAAAUGAUGAGCCACAAAUGGAAAAUCUCAAAUUCCCAGUUAGCAAGGAAGGAGAUAGUGGAAUUGCCUCUACGCAUGCCUCCUCGGAAACAACAUAUGUUAAGAGGUCAUACUAGGAUGGCCACAUCAAAGUGUAAAAUUCAGUUGAUAUAAAAAGGAAAUUCCAUCAAACUUUACCUAGAACCAAGACGGAUGGAACGGGAAGGUAAUAAACAGCACUUGAAUGCUGAAACAGAAUAUAUAUGAAGUAAAAGAACUGCGAAUAAACAGCAAUUGAAAAGUUAAGACCAUCAAACAGAAAAUACCGUAUUCUUUAUAGAGAUAAUAUGCUGCCUAAAAUGGGGAAAGCGAGGUAUUGCAGAAAGGAGAGGAAGUAUGUGUAGUAAACUGAGACGGUGUAUUUGAUAUACUCGUGAUAAUGAAUAAUCUUGCCCUGAGCAUAAUCGAAUAGACAAUUUGAAUAAUCUUGAAACAGUUUUAGAACAAUACUGUUUUGCAGGUUCACUUUGAGUCAUGAAAUGAUGAUAGAGGAUAAUAGUUUUAAAUAUCCUUGUUGAAAGAACACUUGACUAUUAGUUAGUAUUAUCAAACUAGCAAGUUGUAUCCUCCAUGAAUCUAGUCAGCAUUUGAAUUUUUGUUCACGUACAUCUAUGAUUAUAAAGGGGAUGUAUUGUUCAAUUAAAGCUUUCCUUCAGUUGUGUGUAUGGGGGUGGGGUUGGGGGUGUUCAGCUUUUUUCUACACAUUUUCAGUCACAUAAACGACAGUGUGUUCUUGUAGCUGUGACCAUAUAUAAACAAUACUUUAGCUAAAGCUAUGAAUUUAUUUAAAUUUGCAUUGCAUUCUGUCUUACUACAUGUAAAUAUGCCUAUUGUCAAAUAUUUUUAUUUAUUUCUCAUUUUUGCCAAAUAACUAUUUGAGUAUUAGUCAGAUUUGCAAAUUAUUUGACUAUAUUUUCCAGUGUAUUUUUCCAAAUGUUUUGUUCAUUAUACUAUUACCAAUGUUUAGAAAAGUAUACAAAAAUAAGUUAAAUAUUUCAAAUUUCAUUAACUUGGAAUCUAGCCGGAUCCAUUAAGACGUCAUCGCCUAGCACUGACUACGCCACCACAAUAUCGCCACAAAGCGUAACAUAAACGUUAUACUUUAUAAUUAUUUGUCGCUACUCUAGUGCACAAGCGGGGAGGCUUAUUUGUUUCUGGUAUUAACUUUCGGUCGAUAUCGCUUUUAUAAGGUCGAUAAAUCCACAUAUCGACCUCGCCAAAAGGCAAUAAUUGUAUAAUACUGUAAAUAUCUUUUUUUAGAUUUCUUGGAAUUGAACUCUCAAAAUCUUUACGACGUCAGCGACUAGCAUGAAGCAACGGCGCCUUUACCAACUGCGCCACAGCCACAAAGCAAGAAACUUUGCGCAAAUGACGGAAAUAUAUUUGUCUUUGAUAAAGUCCAUAAGGCAUGGGUCUAACUUGAAUAUAAUAUUGCUUUUUUCUCUCUCUUUUUUUUCUCCAAAUCAGACAUGAUUUUUGCGUUUUUUUGUUUUUGCUUCGUAAAGUAUGUAAGUUAUAUUAUAAAUUAUAUAAACCUUGAUAAUGUCUUGAAAUGUAUUCUUGUAUAUAUUUAAAGUAAGAAUUUACGUAAUUAGUAUCAUAAUUAUACUGGUGGAAAAUUGUGUAGGCACUUUACUUUAUUAACUAAUUGUAAAAUAUUUAUCAGUUACUGUAGUUAACUGUCAUAUGAAUACAGUGAUAUUUAGUUAAUCACAUGUAUGAUUACUUGCUUUGCUGGGUUUGACUUUCCAGCUUUAGAUAGAUGAAGUAGACCGCAGGUGCCCGUCAAAGCUUUAUUUGCGGCACGAGAGGGCAUCUGGAACCGACGACCUUUCGUAAGACAGAUGAAUGACUUGCUCACAUGAAAGUGUAUACCCCGAGCGAGAUUUCGAACCAAAAUUGGCGAGGGGCAAAUGUUUCGAUUCCAAUUACUUUAACCACUCAGUCAAGUAGGACCCGCGUGUAUAAAACAUUUACGUAUCCGCUAAUAAGAGAUAUUAUUUGUUCAAGGUUUUGCGCAUUAUAGCAUUAAGCGUUUAAGAUAAUGACAUAAUGAGAAGAAUCUAUUUGGAUUUUCUUUCAUCAAUGUCCAUGAAAGUUGUUCAAAAUCUAAACAUAUUAUAAGGAUAAAAUUAGAAACUGUGGAAUUAUCUGCUAAUGUAUGUGAGCAGUGAUUUGUUUCCAGUGUGCUUAGUAGUUGUUUAUUAUAUUUAAUCAGUUGCAAGUUGCUUUAAGCUAAUGAAGAUAUUUGUAAUUGUAGGGACGAGUGUACGAAUUUCAUUUGAAAUCUUUUUUAUUAGUCAGUGUUAAAAGAUUUUCCACAAAUAACUAUGUUCUUGCUCAGAUAUAUUAAAAUUAAUCUGAUCACAUCUUCUAGUCGCUUUGACCUAUUUUAGUUGUUAAAAGCUAUCAUGAUGUUCGCAUAUAGGUAGAACUUUAUAAUUAUCUUGACAUUAUGCAUUAUACAGUAUAAUGAAAAGUUCAUUAUAUGCUCAUUUACCUCAAUUGUAUUCAUUAAAUGAAACAAGUGACA